GGGCAUGUUUAGAUAUGUGUAACGGAACCCUCGUUACUGCAAAACAGUCCUAUAUGCGCUUAAAAACAAUCCCAGGAAAUUUGGGCAGUAAUAUUACGCUCUUAAUAGUGGUUGUCCUAUUCAUAGGUAGAACAACGCAAGUUGUAUAAAGUUAGGAUAUGUAUGACUAGCGAUUGCAAAAUCCAGCGCGAUGAUUUUGGAACCGAUGUCCUGAGUCGAAUAUUCCUGAUCUAAAUGAAUCAGAAACAUUGUAAUAUGUGUUGCUUACACUUAAAGGUGAAUACAGCCAAUGGCUGGUGAAAGCUUGGCCAGCCAUCUUCAAAGCGUUCAGGGUGUGUAAUCAAAACAGCCUUCCCGGAAACGAAAGUUAGGCACAGUUUCUAUAUCUCUGUGGCUUUCACUUUGCACCUUCCAAGAUUACCGGUCCCGGAGCUGCAGGUGAGAUGGCCUCUCUCACUUCUAAAUUAAACGAACAGCAGCUGAGCCGAUUAUACACUUUGCUUGGGGAAGUUGAACUGAACCUUCUGUACAAAGCGAGUGUCCACGGAUAUGCCGGACAGGCCUUUCACCAGAGAUGUGACCGCCAAGGCCCUACUGUUGUUGUGGCCUACAGCUAUUCCGGAUACGUCUUUGGUGGCUAUACUAGCAAAGAUUAUGCCCAAACAGGGCAGUACAUCGAUGAUGAGAAAGCUUUCCUGUUCAGCCUCCAAGACCCAACACCUGUCUGGUUUAGGGUCAUGACUGCCCACGGUGCUCGUGCACGCCUGGAUGACGCCAGUGGUCCUCGUUUUGGCGAUGACAUGUGGUUUUGUUAUAAUAACUGUGCGCAAGUGUACUGUAACCCAGGAAAUGCUUACAUGUUUAAUACCGCUACAAUGUAUGGAAAUAACCAGCAGCUGAUUGAAUGCGAGGUCUACAAGGUAACAGAGGCAUCUGUGCCAGGAAAAAGUGUUGAGAAGAAACCAUGGAGGAACAUUUUAUGGACAGCUGAAAGAAGAGCAGAACUCAUGGAGUCAGUAAAGACUUACAAGCCCCUUAUCAGCACCGUGAAGCAACUCCGGAUUCUAAUGAUUGGGCCUGUUGGUGCUGGGAAGUCCAGUUUCUUUAACUCCAUCAACUCCAUCUUCUGCGGUCAUGUGACCAGCAAAGCUAUGUCAGGAUCCUUGGACAGCAGCAUCACCAAACAGUAUCGCACCUACACAAUUAGGGCUGGUAACGAAGGAGUGGCCUUACCCUUCAUUUUGUGUGACACUAUGGGAUUAGAGGAGGCAUCAGAGGCUGGCCUGAGCAUUGAUGAUAUUAGCAGUGCCAUAAAUGGUCACAUACCCGACCGGUAUAAGUUCAAUCCUGCAGCACCAUAUGAGGCAGAGGAUGAAGUGAAACCGCCCAGGUCCUUAACCCUGCAGGACAAGGUCCACUGUGUGGUGUACGUGCUGGACACCUGCAAAGUAACCCUUAUGCCCAGUAAAGUGGAGGAAAAACUUACUGCCAUUCGCAAAAGAGCGAAUUUGCUGGGAAUUCCCCAAAUCGUUUUGCUCACCAAGGUGGAUGAGGCUUGCCCCCUUGUGGAAGAAGAUCUUCAGAAUAUCUACCUCAGUUCCUACAUCAAAACUAAGGUGCGAGAGGCCAGCGCCCGUGUUGGGGUGUCCAUGUCUAGUGUAAUCCCGGUGAAGAACUACAGCCAUGAGCUGGAGCUGGAGCUGGAAUGCGAUAUCCUGCUCCUAACCGCCAUACAACAGAUGCUCCGCUUUGCAGACAACUACUUUGAUGAUAUGAGUCCCGGGGGUGACAAUGUAGUGUAAAGAGUUGGUGGGAAUGAUCCAGUCAGCUUUUUUGGUUGUUAUACUGGUAGAUAAAAUGAUUCAGCUUGUGAUGUGUGAGAUGAAUAGAAUGCACAAACCAUCAACAGUGACCAUAUGAUUGAAGCAUUACCCUAAACCAACACCAGGUUUACUGGUUCUCGCAACUGUUAUUCUUGCUGAAGCUGCUUCUAAAUUGCUGUGCUUGAAGAAUAUAUCGACACAUUGUCUCUGCACAAGUGCACUUGAAGAAUACUGCUACUGUAAACAUCAAGAUGUUGUAAUGUGAUUAAUUCAUGCUCUGAACAAACUUUAAAAUACAUGCAAAUAUUGUAUGAUGUC